CUUACAAUUGAAUAUUCAAUCUAUCAUAAAUAAAUAUAUUUGAAAAAAAAAAAUAGUAAUUGAAAAAAGAAAAUCAAAAGAAAAUUUAAUUUUCCAAGUGUAUAAUUAAAAAUAUAUGUGUCUAUAUUUAAACAAAAAAAAAAAAUAAAUAAAUUAUUUAUAUUUAAAAAGUGUAUUAUUUAAUUUUCAAUCUGUCAGCACGCAAAGGAAUGCAAAAAGAUUGCCGAGAUUGUUUGGGUAUCCGAUACCGUAUCAACACAUUGGAUCAAACCUGGAAGUGGUUGCACCAAACAAUUGCUCUUCAUGACUAUCUCAUCUCAAUAACUUCCAGCCAGUGUGACGUUUUUAAAAUAAUCCAUUGAAAAACUUAUAAGGGCAUAAAUGACAUUUUUUUAAAAAUCAUCUUUUUAUUUAUUUUUUUGUUUAAUUUUCAUUGAUCACUCUAUUUUUUUGUCUUUUGAUGCUAUCCAUUUUUAGCUAUUAUUAAAAAAAAACUAUUUAAAAAAAAAAUAAAGGACUUAUCGGUGAUAAAAGAAAUAAGGCUGAUAUAUAUUUUUAAAUAUCGACGUAAUAAGUGUGAAAAACUUGCAGCUGUGAAGUCUGUGUUUGUACGGGCGCGUUUGUCUGCAUGAAAGUGUGAAUGUGUAUUGGAAAAAAAAAAAAAAAUUGAAUGUUUGUGUAAUAAAUUCUGUAUAAAUUGGAUUAUAAUUUUAAUCAAAUUAAAAAUGUAUUUGAUGAGUAAAAAUAUCAUUGGAAACAAACAAAAAAUAUUGUCAAUAAUCAAUACUAAGGCAAUUAAAAAUAACCGAUCAAUGUUCAAUAAUGAUAGAGCUAAUAAUGAUAAUUUAAAAAAAACUGUUUUCAUAUCACAAUCAAAUAAUAUAUAUAAAAACUUGGCACUUGUUGAUUGGCUUUAUCGUUAUUCAAAUUUUACAAAUAAUCAUAUUUUAUUAUUAUGGAAAAAUAAUUUAUCAAUUGAAAUUGGAAAAAAUAAUAAUCCAUGGUUAGAUGCUAAUUGUCAAACUUAUGAUGAUAAUGAAAUGAAUAUUGUCAGACGUAAUACUGAUGGUAAAACUGUUUAUCAUAAUAAUGAAAAUUUAAAUAUGUCUUUUUUUACACCAAAUACAUGCUAUGAUAAACAUAAUAAUAUUGAAAUAAUAUCAAAUGCUUUGUAUAAAAAAUUUGGUAUUUAUUAUGAUGAUAAUGUUAAUUCUGGAAAUUUUAAUAUAUUAUGCUCUGCACUUAAAAUUGGACAAGCAAAUGCUUAUCAUCAUUGUUCUAUUCGUGUUAAUAAUGAUAAUAUUAAUCAAGGAUCAACUUUUGAAAAAAAUAAGAAUAAUACAACAAAGUCGACAGCAUCACCAUUGAGCAAUUUGUAUGAUGUUAAUCGAAAUAUCAAUCGUGACAUUCUUGUCAGUGCCAUAGGAUGGGAGUAUCUUCGAACGAGUUCAAUAAAAUCAGAAAAUGGUGGAACAAUGCCGACUCAAAAACAACAAGGUUUUCAAAUGAUUAAUCCUAGUGAGGAUUGGUUUCCAGGUUUAGAAACACUUGAAAAAAAAUACAAAUCUUGGCAAUGGAAUUAUGGAAAAACUCCAAAAUUUACAAUAACACGUUUAUUAAAAUUUCCAGUUGAUUCAAAAAAUACUUCUUGGUUUCAUUCAUUAAAAUUGAGUUUAGAAGUAGAGAAUGGAAUUGUUGUUGAAAUUAAAUUGAGUUUACCACCAAAUUUUGUGUCAAAUGAUAAAAAUCAAGAUGCAAGUGUCAUUACAAAUCUUCGUGGUUCAAAAUAUGGACGUGAAAUUACUGAUAAAAUUGUAAGAGCACUUGGCUGUACUAGUGUACCACAAGAUGUGAUCCAAACUGCUGAUAAAAGUAACGUUGCAGCAACACAAUAAUUUUUUUUUUUAUUUUUUUUUCAAUAAUAUAUACCAAAAUAAAUAUCCGAACUUGCGAUAGCAUAAUAUAUUAAUAAUGUACGUUAUAACAUAACUGUGAAAAUAUAUUAUAUUUAAAAAAAGGGAAAUCAGUGGUAGUUUAUUUUU